AUGAAACCUACUCUGAGUGCUUUGGCUGUUUUUGUAUCUGUCGUCGGGGUCUUGAGCUUUGCGUUUCUUGUUAUGGCUAUCGGAACCGAUUUUUGGUACAUUAUUGACGCGUCCAAGUUGGAGCACAACUCUUCUAUCCACCUAAGCUCACAUUCAGGACUGUGGAGAACGUGUAACUCCCAAAACCAGUGCUGGCCAUUUGUAAAUCCAUUUGGGGGUGGGAAGAACUUCACAGAUUCUCAGAGACAACUUCUAAACAUGCAUGGGACAGUCGUCAUCCUGCUGCCGCUCAGCAUCAUUCUGAUGGUCAUCGGGGCAGUGUCUGGUUUCUUCAGCCUCCUGGCCCGAGCGUACCUGCUCCUGCUGUUCACUGGUGCCCUCUUCCUGCUCGGAGGUCUGGUCACCCUGGCUGGGAUCAGUGUGUACCUGUCCUACUCCGCCGCUGCCUUCAGGGAGGCUCAGUGCAUCUCGGGCCAGAAGACUCUGGAGGACGUGGACAUCCGGUUCGGGUGGUCCCUGGCCCUGGCCUGGAUCUCCUUCAUCGCUGAGGUCCUGACGGGCGUGGCUUUCCUCCUGGCCUCCCGGCUGGUGGUGCUCCUGAGGGGGCAGGACGAGGGAAUAUGA